UCGCCACCAUGGCGCUGCCCCUCACCCUGCGUCUGGGCUGCCCCCUGCUGCUCUGCGACCUGGCCCUGCGGGCCCUGCUGGGCUGGGGCGCCCCCUCGCUGGCCCCCCUGGGGCUGCCGGCCACCUGGCUGGAGGCUGCUGUCCGUUUCCUGGGGCUCUGGGGGGCCUGGGGGCUGCUGGCCCCGGAUCGGCCCUGCCUGUCCCCCCGCAGGGCCCUGGCUGCCCUGUGCCUGCUGCCCCCCCUGUACCUCACCCUGCGGCGCUGCCUGCCUCUGCCCGACGUGCCCCCCGCCCUGCUGGCCGGCGCCCCCUGGGCCUGGCUGCUAAUGAACUAUGGGGCAGUGGGGCUGGCCCAGCUCACCUGGGGGGCCCUGGGGCAGGGGGACAGGGCUGGGGGGCCCGGCGCUGAGGACACAGAGCGGGAGUCCAGGGCCACCCUGCGCCGGCUGGUGGGUCUGUCCCGGCCCGACGUGCCCGUCCUGUCCGGGGCCUUCGUCUUUCUCACCCUGGCUGUGAUCGGUGAGACCUUCAUCCCUUACUACACGGGGCGCGUCAUCGACAUCCUGGGCAGCGCCUACGACCCUGACGCCUUCUCCACCGCCAUCGGCCUCAUGUGCCUGGCCUCCUUCGGCAGCUCCCUGGCUGCUGGCUGCCGUGGGGGGCUCUUCAUGUUCACGCUCUCCCGGCUCAACAUCCGCAUCCGCCAGCUCCUCUUCUCCUCCCUGGUGCACCAGGACCUGGCCUUCUUCCAGCAGGUCAAAACAGGGGACCUGACCUCGCGCCUCUCCAAGGACACCACCAUGAUGAGCCGCUCGGUGCCGGCCAACGCCAACAUCUUCCUGCGCAGCCUGGUGAAGGCGCUGGGGCUGUACGGCUUCAUGCUGGGGCUGUCCUGGCGCCUGACGCUGCUCACGCUCAUCGAGAUGCCCCUCACCAUGGCUGCUGAGAAGGUCUAUGAUGCCCGCCACCAGGCCAUGCUGAAGGCGAUCCAGGACUCCCUGGCGCUCUCCGGCGAGGUCGUGCGUGAGUCCGUCUCCUCCAUCGAGACCGUGCGCAGCUUCGCCACCGAGGAGGAGGAGUCGCGGCGCUACGAGGCGGCGCUGGCCGAGACCCACCGGCUGAAGAACCGCCGCGACCUGGAGAGGGCGCUCUACCUGCUCUUCCGCCGGCUGCUGCAGCUGGCCGUGCAGGUGCUGAUGCUGUACUGCGGGCACCAGCAGAUCCGCGCCGGGCUCCUGACCAAGGGCAGCCUGGUCUCCUUCAUCCUCUACCAGGGGGACGUGGGCAGCUACGUGCAGACCCUGGUGUAUAUGUACGGGGACCUGCUGAGCAACGUGGGGGCGGCGGAGAAGGUGUUCGAGUACCUGGACCGGGAGCCGGCCGUGCGCACCGACGGGACGCGGGCGCCGGAGUCGCUGCAGGGACACGUCUCCUUCCACAACGUCUCCUUCUCCUACCCCUCCCGCCCGGACCGCCAGGUCCUAAAGGACGUGUCCUUCGAGCUGCGCCCCAGGGAGGUGACGGCGCUGGUGGGGCUGAACGGCAGCGGGAAGAGCACGUGCGUGGGGCUGCUGGAGCGGUUCUACGAGCCCCAGGCUGGGGAGAUCCUGCUGGACGGGGCACCCCUCCGGGAGUACGAGCACCGGUACCUGCACCGCCAGGUGGCCCUGGUGGGGCAGGAGCCCGUCCUCUUCUCCGGCUCCAUCCGGGAGAACAUCGCCUACGGGCUGGGGGGCUGCGGGGAGGAGCAGGUCACCAGGGCGGCCAGAGCAGCCCAUGCCUCCGGGUUCAUCACGGAGCUGGACAGCGGCUUUGAGACAGACGUGGGGGAGAAGGGCGGGCAGCUCUCGGCGGGGCAGAAGCAGCGGAUCGCCAUCGCCCGGGCACUGAUCCGCCAGCCAGCCGUGCUGAUCCUGGAUGAAGCCACCAGCGCGCUGGAUGUGGAGAGCGAAUGCGCGAUCCGCCAGUCGGUGCUGAGCCGGGGGCGCCGGACAGUGCUGGUGAUCGCCCACCGCAUGCAGACGGUGGAGAACGCCGACAGGAUCGUGGUGCUGGAGGGCGGGGCCGUGGCCGAGGAGGGGACGCACGCCGAGCUGAUGGGGCGCAAGGGGCCCUACUACAGACUGGUGCAGAGAGACCUGGCCAAGUAACCCCCCGCCCCGGGGAAUAGCUAUAACAACUGUACAAGCCGGGGUUUGUUUUGAUGGGGGCUGUUUCGGACAUUAGCGCUAGGGCUGAUCUGGAAAUGUUUUGUUCCUACAGGGGAAAAAAAUUCAUUUCAACUUUUUCUUACAAAUUUUUCAGGUUGCCAUCAAAAGUCAAUUUCCCCCCUUGUUCCUGUGUUUUCAGUUUUCCAAAAAUUUUUAUCAAAAGCCAAUUGCCACAGAAAUGUCCAUUUUGAUUAAGAAGAGGAGGCCCAGAGGCUGAUCCAGCACACGCUGGGAUUUUAUCUCCUGACUGGCCUGGGAAUGCUGGGGAAUCCCCCAGGGGGAACCUGGCACCUGUUGCGGAGGAAAGGGAGGUCUGGUCCUCCUUACUCUCCAUGCUGCCGUCGUGACCCUCACCAGGAGAAGCAGCAUAAAGGAAAAAGAAGAAGAUUCAAGUCAUUUUUUUGUCCAAAAACGUUUGGAAUAUAGAAUUUCAGCCAGCCCCAAUUAUCAUUUAUUUUGGAGAAACCGAAUCAUCUACGACAAAGAGGCCGGAGUUUCUCUUCUCCAUUUUAUAGACCAUGUUUGGAAUAUUGUUUAGGACUGAGAUUUUCAAAGUAGUGCAAGGGAUUUAGUUGCGCCUCUUCUGUUAAACUGGAUGGCCGAUGUGGGGCUAAAUCCUUUGCUCUGUUUUGAACAUCUCAACUUUUCUCCCGAGCUUUGUUGUUUUAAUCAGGGUACACAUUUUAGACAGGGCCUAGAGCAGCGCAGGAUCUGAAAGAAGGGAGCAGCGAGAUGCUUGUCUGUGAACAGUACCACAUAGCUCCUGUGCUACCACCCUGACUUGGCCUUGUGGGGAGAUGCCACCAUGUUAGAUGACAGAUGGAUUGUUUUAUUCUAGUGUUUUAUUCCAGUCCGAGAUUUA